AUGGCAAAGAGGACGAGCGAUGCGAAGAUAAUUGUGAUGCGAUUUGCUUGUCUCCACAGUCGAGAAGCGACGGAAGUACGUCGACGUGCCCACGUAGCGGAUUGUGGGACAGACUAUCGAGGUGUUCAAUUUUGUCGACAAGGUCGUCGAGAUCCCAACCGUGAAAAAAAUCCAAAAGUUUUUCACGGUGCCGCAAAUCGAGAAAGUCGCAAGGUAUUUCAAUUGAUUUUGAUUCCUUGCAUUUACAUAGUUCAUCUAAUGUCCAGGGCAGUUUAGGUUUACGUCGAAAGGCUUUCGUGUUGGUGUUUCUAACUGCUAACGUGGCCUACAUCUCGCGACGGUGCGCUGCUACACGUGUCGUGUAGGGGUAGAGACACGUUAUGAAUUGUCUUGCAUGCCCUACAUCGGGAGACAGAGUGACGCAAAAUCUGUGCUUGUAGUUCCUACUGUUUAUGCAUGCGUACCCAUACCGCCGCAACGUCCCGCACCGUACACAACAACGAACAAAACAGAUACGUCGACAAGCAUGUGCCACUGAGCCAGUAGCAGAUCAUAGAGAAUCCGAAAAUCGAGUAUGUCGACAAAAUCGUCGAGAUGCCAAACGUCCGCAAUGUCCAGAAGAUCGUCGAGGUACAGAUAUUUUUAUAUUUGUCUUGCAGGUAGUACCGCUUGGCACACAGACAUACGGUGGUGUUACUUAUCAUGCAUGAAACGAAGACACACGACACACACAUGUUGAUCUCCACAAUCGCAGGUACUGGAGAUCAAGUACGUCGACAAGGUUGUGGAUGUCCCGAAAAUUGUGUACAUCGAGAUUGUUACCCGGGAAUUACCAGGGACUACAGCCUCCAAGAGGUAAGAAACAAGAGGAGCGAUGCGAUACCUGCGAUGCGGUUUGUCGAUGUUCUUUGCGACGGUAGCAGGUACUUACAGGAUAGAACCACGUUCCGUGAUUGUUCCCUCUAUCGACGGUGA